AUGGCUGUCGACAUGAGCCAUAUUGACCACAUACACCAUGUGGAAGGGGAUUUGAAGAAUGACCACCAGGUCAUAGUGGAAGUUGUCGAGUCUGAAGAACGUACCACUACCUGGUUCAAACUCCGACAAGUCAUGCGUGAGCCGUUCUCCGAGUUCUUUGGGGUCCUGAUCCUCGUCUUGUUCGGCGAUGGAUCUAUAGCUCAAGUUGUGCUUGGACAAGGCGCCAAGGGAGACUGGCAGAACAUUAAUUGGGGAUGGGCCUUGGGUCUGAUGCUUGGGGUUUAUUCCGCUGGGGUAUCCGGUGCACACCUGAACCCAGCUGUCACCCUCGCCAACUGCGUCUUCCGCAAGUUCCCUUGGAAGAAACUCCCAGUUUACGUCCUUGCUCAGCUUCUCGGUGCAAUGGUAGCCUCCCUCAUUGUAUAUGGGAACUACAAAUCUGCCAUUGACGUGUACGAGGGAGGCCAUGGCGUACGCACAGUCGGAUUGAGCACGUCUACUGCAGGCAUCUUUGCCACAUAUCCAGAGCCGUUCCUGACCAAGACGGGACAAUUCUUUGACGAGUUUACCGGAAGCGCCAUCCUUCUAUUCUGCUUAUACGCUCUCCAAGAUGAUGGGAAUAUUGGUGCUGGGAACUUCCUUCCGCUGGGCUUGUUUUUUGUCUUCUAUGGAAUCGGAGCUUGCUUCGGCUCCAACACUGGCUACGCGGUCAACCCUGCGAGAGAUCUGGGUCCUCGUAUCAUGACUUGGGCAGUUGGCUAUGGGCACCAAGUGUGGACGGCAGGCGACUAUUACUUCUGGGUUCCGGUAAUUGCACCAUUCUUGGGCUGUCUCUUCGGCGGCUUCCUCUACGACACAUUCAUUUAUACGGGCGACAGUCCUAUCAAUGCGCCAUACAUGGGCUUCACACGGGUCUUGGGCAAGCGGGUCAAGGCAGGAAAGCCGGUGAUGGUGUGA